ACUGAUGUAAUUUUGUUUAAUAUAUUUUUUCUCAACCACAACAUGGAAACCCAAAACCAAACAGAUGUAGCAGAAUUUCUCCUCCUUGGUCUCUCAGAAGAUCCAGGACAGCAGCCCCUCCUCUUCGGUCUAUUCCUGACCAUGUACCUGGUCACUGUGCUUGGCAACCUGCUCAUCAUGCUGGCCAUAGGCUCUGACUCCCACCUCCACACCCCCAUGUACUUCUUCCUCUCCAGCCUGUCCUUCACGGACCUCUGUUUCAGCACCACCACAGUCCCCAAGAUGCUUGUGAACAUUGAAAGACAGAGCAAAUCCAUCAGUUACACAGGCUGCCUCACCCAGGUUUGUUUUGUCCUGUUAUUUGCAGGCUUGGAAAACUUUCUCCUUGCAGCGAUGGCCUAUGACCGCUAUGUGGCCAUCUGCCAUCCACUGAGGUACGUUGUCAUCAUGAACCCCUGCCUCUGUGGCCUGUUGAUUGUACUCUCCCUGGUCAUUAGCAGUGCAGAUGCCCUGCUCCACACUCUGAUGGUAUUACGACUAUCUUUCUGCACAGAGCUGGAAAUCCCCCAUUUCUUCUGUGAACUGGAUCAGGUCAUCAAGCUGGCAUGUUCUGAUACCCUCAUCAAUAACAUCCUGGUAUAUUUAGUGACUAGCAUAUUGGGUGGUGUUCCUCUUCUUGGCAUUAUCUUCUCUUACACUCAAAUUGUCUCCUCUAUUCUGAGAAUGCCCUCAGCUGGUGGGAAAUAUAAAGCCUUUUCCACCUGUGGAUCUCAUCUCUCUGUGGUUUCCUUAUUUUAUGGGACAGCUUUUGGAGUGUACAUUAGUUCUGCACUUAUACACUCCUCCAAAGAGACAGCAGUAGCCUCUUUAAUGUACACGGUGGUCCCUCCAAUGUUGAACCCCUUUAUCUACAGCCUGAGGAACAGAGACAUGAAGCAAGCCUUGUGGAAACUUAUCUGA